UCCAGUCGGGCGGCUUUGCUCUCCACAUUCUCAGGAUGAAGCGGCUGACGCAUCGUGUCAGUACAGGCUGAUGCAUUUUCACAUCCCCUCUUCUUUAUUUAUUGUAUUAUUAUUUUAAAUUAUGGAUAGCUUAAGUUUCCAUUUGGAGCACCGAUAACACGUGAGCGGAGAGUUUUUGGAGACCACAGACGCAGGAGGAGGAAGAUGGGGAUUUUUCGUCUCCACACCUGCGCGCUCUCAGUGCGGAGGUUACUCUAACGCAGGAGGAGACCCUGGAGACCUUUCUUAUAUAUAAAAAAAGUGAGCCAAUAUUUCUCUGCACAAGCAUGCAGAGCAACAGCAGCUCCGCCGGACCCCCCGCCGGGCUGAGUGAGUGCGGGGGUCAGGAGGAGGAGAUAUCCGAGCUGGUCAGCCCGACAGGAGCGGGCUCCAACCUGCCGAUGUUUAACCUUUCACUCAAUUGCUGGCUUCUCAUCCUCUCCAAGGAGUCCUCCCUGGAUCCGCAUGGAGACAGCGCCAACCUGCCAGUGCGAGUCGUCAUUGCUCUGGUCUACCUGGUGGUGUGCGUCCUGGGACUGGUGGGGAACCUCCUGGCGCUCUUCCUGCUGCACUCCCGCCGCCGGGGCCACCACCACUCCGCCAUCGACUGCUUCGUGAUGAGCCUGACCAUCACAGACCUCCAGUUCGUCCUGACCUUGCCCUUCUGGGCCGUGGACACGGUGCUGGACUUCCGCUGGCCCUUCGGCCGCGUCAUGUGCAAGAUCGUGAGCUCGGUCACCACCAUGAACAUGUACGCCAGCGUUUUCUUCCUCACGGCGAUGAGCGUGACCCGGUACCACUCUCUGGUGACGUCCCUGAAGAUGAGCAGCCCCAGGACCGCCACGGCCCGCGCCAAGUGGGUCAGCUCGGCCAUUUGGGUGGUCUCCCUGGUGGCCACGCUGCCCCACGCCUUCUACUCCACCACCGUGCAGGUGUCUGCAGAUGACGAGCUCUGCUUAGUUCGGUUUUCAGACUCUGACUCAGGUCACUGGGAUCCCCAGGUUUUGCUUGGGCUCUAUCAAACACAGAAGGUCCUUCUAGGAUUUGUAGUUCCCCUUAUCAUCAUUUCCGUGUGCUACCUCCUCCUGCUGAGGUUCAUCCUCAGCCGGCGCAUUGUGGGCAGCUCGGUCGGCCACGGCACGGACAAGUCGGAGCACGAGAGAGGACGCCAUCGCAAGCGCUCCAAAGUUACUCGUUCCGUCACCAUCGUGGUCCUGUCCUUCUUCGUCUGCUGGCUGCCGAACCAGGCUCUCACCCUGUGGGGGGUGCUCAUCAAGUUCGACCUUGUGCCCUUCAGCAAGGCCUUCUACAACGCCCAGGCUUAUGCCUUUCCGCUGACUGUGUGUCUCGCCCAUGCCAACAGCUGUCUCAACCCGGUGCUCUACUGCCUGAUCCGGAGAGAGUACAGGGCCGGACUGAAGGAGCUCCUUCUGAGAGUGUCUCAUAACGUCCGCAACGUUCUGUCUCUGGCUCUGAGAGGAAGGAGAGUGGAGGAGGCGCCUCCCGGCACGGCUGUGGUGCACAAAGACAUCAAUAUGUGAUUUAUUUUGUUGCUCAGACGAUUGGGAAAGCUGUGAUUACUUUUUUUAAAAUUAAAAAUGGGGAUAUCUGAACAACAAACAAAAACUAAUUUGUCAAUAAGCCUUCGGGGUUGACUUAGUGUAUUUCGUUAACUUUGGAGACAGCCAGGCUCUUUGUUUUUCCCCACUCUCAUUUCAUCCUCUUCUGUUGGUGCUUGACAUUUCAAAUCGGUCUCAUCGCAGCUUGUGAAACAAUAACUGGUUUAAUAUUUAAGUUGGAUGAUUCAAGCUAAAAGUAGGUUUAGCGAGAGGGAAACAAUCUGGUCUCAAUUAAGAAAGAAGUGCCUAGCUAAUGUAUUUAAAGCUAAUUGUCAUUACCAAUCUUUUUCUUUUUGCAAGCUGGCAACAAGUUAUGCUUCCAUACAAACAUCAAUGCAGCAUGUUGCAGACACACAAACGGACAAACGCUUAAUGGGACAUUUAAACAUUGCGUUUGUCACCACUAUUAACUUCUGUCCAAAGCGGAUUUUUUAGAAAAAAAAAAAAAAAAAAAAACACAGGAUAUGUUCAGACAAAAAAUUAGGCCAAGAAAUUGGCCUAAUAAAAACAUUGGAUUUUUUAUUUACUAUCAGGGACAGAAUUGAACAAAGAUCCAUGGGCAACAGUUUUGCUUGAAGUCAAAUGGACAGAAAACCAACUUUCCUGAUGUUUUCUUUUCUAACUGUUAUUAUUUUUGACUAAAUUCACGUCCAUUUCACCCCUAUUUAAUAGACCCACUCCACCACUCUCUUGUGCGGUCAACCAACAACUCCUGCUCGGCUGCCAAUCUGUGUUUCACACUGCCAUUCACAACCGUCGUCGUCGGCUCUGUUGUAUCGAUGUGAAUAGUUUGGUGAAUUCACGUGUGUCCUGUGGCAUUAAAUAAAGCGAUCGGACAAAAGA